AUGAGUUGUGCGUCCUCCAGUGUAGUAUUCCGACUAACUCUUCUCAUAUUAACUUUCAUAGUGUCGUGUACAUUUAUCGCUAGUGUAGUGUGGUUAUUGCGAACGAGAAACUCAGGCAACCAGUAUGAAAAUUAUUACUUGUCGAGAAUUAAUAUAAGCACAGCUAAAAGUGACAGUAACAAUCUAACAACGACGCCACCUACGUCAGACCAUUAUAAAGACUUGAUUAAAAUAGAGAUAGCGAUGCGACGGGUUGAAGAAAACAGCAGAAGGUUAAAAGAGUAUACAAAAUCGUUGUUAUGGGAUAACAAGGAUAAAUCUUUGUGGUGUGUUUUGUUUAAAGACAAUGAGAAAAUGGAUAAGACAAGUAUGCGAGGAACAAAAAAACACUCGAUUGAUGAGGAUUACAUUCGAAUGUUGAGGGAACAAAAAAAGAUAGAAGCUAUGAUACACUUGAGGCAUCACGGCUCACAUCACCGACGAAGAUCCGACGUGCUGCCAAAUUUGCCUUAUAUCAAGUAA